CACGUUCAGUCAAUUCAUGGUAUGGAUGAUCGUACCAAUAUUGGAAAAGGAAAACCAUCAGAUUAUGGAAUGGACGAAUCAAACAACGAAUUCACUGCAAAACUGUAUAAACAACGAUGGGUAAUACUCACAUUGUUUUGUUGGUGUUCCGCUUCGAAUUCAUACCACUGGAUACACCUGAACAUCAUAUCUGACAGAACACUCUAUCUGUGGAAUGCGAGUGUGCCUGGCAAUAGUGAAGAUAAGCGUCAAAUCGCACUCGAUUGGCUCUCCAUGGUCUAUUUGCUUACCUACAUCCCCCUGAUUGUUCCCGCAACCUGGCUUCUUGAUCGAUACGGAUUACGUGUCAGCACACUUCUGACGGUUGUGCUCAAUGCUUUGGGUGCUUGGGUCAAAUGUGUGGCUGGUAUCCUGGCCGUAGACCCGGAAAGCUCGAUCGCCAACACAUUUGGUGCUCGCAGCGCGUUUCCUCUUCUAAUGUUUGGUCAAACCUUGGAUGCAAUUGCUCAGGUUUUCAUCCUGGGAGUACCACCGCAGCUGGCAUCCACAUGGUUCGGUGAUCAGGAAAUAUCCACUGCUACAUCAAUUGGAGUACUGGCAAACCAGAUGAUUAAUGCUUCUUGUAUAAUUUGA